AGGUAUCUGGAGGUGGAUUUCCCUGCUUCAAUGCUCUCCCAGAAACAGAAAGACAUAAGAAAAUAAAAACAGAGCAAAACCACUGGGAGAGAGAUAGAGAAUGGUUUUUGUUUUUCCCCCCUCUCUAGCAAAAGCACAGAAAAUGGUUUUGCUUUUCCCGUUCCUACUCUCUCUAUUGAAUUUGUGAAUGAUAUCUAAUCCCCAAUUUUCACACAUUACGAGGCUCUGUAGCAAUAGAUUCCUCUUCUUUUCUUUUCCGAUUUUUUUUUGACAUUUGGCUCUCUCUCUCUCUCUCUCUCUCUUUUCUUCUUCUUCUUUUUUUUUUUUUUCCUCAUCCCCUCCUUUUCAUCAUUUUAUUCGGCCACUCUGCCAAUCUCUCUCGUUUCUAUCCCGAAAAGAGAGUCUUUUGCAGAAACCCAUUUCGUUUUCUUCGUCCAUCGGAUAAAUCCAUUUUAGGAUAGCUGGUUUCAUGCCCCCCAGCUGUUCUCUCCCUCUCUCUCACCUCCUUCCUUUCCUUUUCAUGCCUUUCCGUGAAAUGUGGUUUCCACAGCUGCGAGUGCUCUCAGAAGACGAGUGCUUGUAAAGGGGAGUGACAUACGAGGUCGUUUCCCGUUGGUGUUUUUGGGUUUCCGGAAACGGAGGCUUCUCCAAGUGGGUUUUUGAUUUGGAAGGAAACAGAGGAGGUGGGAGCCGCGGAAGUGCCGACAGUAAUAAGGGUUUUCUGAAGUGGGUUUUGGUCUUUGUAGAGAAUCUCAGAAGUUUCCAGGUGGAGGAGAGCUGCUGUUGGUUGAGGAAAAAAGGGGUUUGGGGAAAAGCGGAAUCUACUAGCUUAUUUGAUGUGGGUUCUAUGGAAUCGUUGGAAAUGACGUUUUCUGAAGUGGGUUUUCGAAUUCGGGGAGAGACUCCGAUAUUUUGAAGUGGAGACGGGUUGUUUUCUUUGUCUAGAGGGUUGGGAGAGGAGAGAAGAAUAACUGGUUUUCCGAGGAUGGGUGCUGAUGGAAUUUUGAGAAUGGAGGUUUCUUGAAGUUCUUUUCUUUGUUAGAGAGCUCUAUCGGGAAAUGGGUUGUUCGAACUCAAAGGCCGAAAAGAGUGAAGCUCUUCGUCUCUGUAAAGAACGGAAGAAAUUCAUCAAACAAGCGAUAGAUUCAAGGUAUGCUCUUGCUGCUGCCCAUCUUUGUUAUAUUCAAUCCCUCCGAAGCAUCGGAAUCGCUCUCCGACGGUUUGCCGAGGCAGAGGUUUUGAUAGAGUCGUCAUUGUCUACUUCUGCGACAGAAGUGGACAAAACCCCUUCACAUUCUUCGUACCCAUCACCAUCUCAUUCUCACAAUGCCGAAAUGAUUGAUUCACCAUUACACAAUGAAAGCCCCUUUUCUCCGCGUAUCUCCACCACCAGUUAUAUGAGAUUGGGUGGAAGUACUGCUGUGACGGUUAGGAUGGAUCCGUCCUUGAAUCGCUUCAUUGAAGAUGAGUCAUUGAGCUUCCCACCACCGCCGCCUCCACCUCCAGAAAUUGGUUCUUGGGAUUUUUUCGACCCUGUUGGUUCAACACAGAACCACAGAUUCCACAGUGAAAAUGCGUACGGCCAAAAUUUUGAUAAUUUGAUGAAUCUGAGACAGUUCAGGGAAGAAGAAGGCAGUCCCUUUAUGGAAGUAGGAAAGUGGGAAAAGGUUGGUUUAAAGGGAAAUGAUGAUAUCUUUAUAGGGUCGAUCAGUCCAGAAUUUGAACCAAGGGCUCAUGAAUCUUCCAGUAAUCAAGCUGCUCGCGGUAAAAGUAGUGGUAGAUUGAUGAUGUCAACUGCUAAUUCCUUCAAUGGUUUUGCAUCUGAGAGAUCCGGAGACCUAAAACAAACACAGGUUGGUGAGAGGAAGAUGCCCAAGGUUGAUCUCAUUGCAAAUGGACCAGUUGAAACUUUGGCUGGAAACGCCUUGUCUGAGCAAUGCAAUUCCAAGAGGGAGGAGAAGAAAGGGCCCGAGAAAGAAGUCUCUGCAGAAAGAGAAGAUCCUUCCGAGUUCAUUACCCACAGAGCUAAAGAUUUCUUAUCGAGUAUAAAGGACAUUGAGCAUUGUUUUCUCAGAGCCUCAGACUCUGGCAAGGCUGUCUCAAGAAUGCUAGAGGCAAACAAAAUUCAGUUAAGCUGUUCGGAGACAAAAGGGAGAUCCACUGGAUCCAUAUUUCUUGCUGCUUGCCACCUAGUUUGUUGCAAGGGGGAGUCUGAGCUUGUUCCUCAUGAACCUCCCCAACAUGUGACAAAGGUUAUAACAUGGAAUCGAUCAACAUCGUCCCAAUCAUCAUCGUCUAAGAAUCCUCUUGCUGCAUCAAGAGAUGACAUCGAUGACAGUGGCAGCGAUUUUGUUGAAGAGUUCUGCAUGAUUUCAGGGAGACAUUCCUCUACUUUGGAGAGAUUGUAUGCGUGGGAAAGAAAGCUGUAUGAUGAAGUGAAGGCCAGUGAGUCUAUUAGGAAGGACUACGAUCAGAAAUGUAACCUUCUGAGGCAUCAAUUUGCUCGGGAUCUGAGUACUCACGUGAUUGACAAAACUCGAGCUAUUGUGAAGGAUCUACAUUCACGAAUAAAAGUAUCCAUUCAUGCAGUUGAUUCAAUAGCGAAGCGGAUUGAAAAGUUGAGGGAUGAUGAACUGCAACCACAGCUUGUAGAGCUGAUUCAAGGAUCGAUCCGGAUGUGGAAAGCAAUGCUCGAAUGCCAUCACACGCAGUACAUCACCAUCACACUAGCCUACCAUGCAAGGAGCUCGACUACAGCAUCCCAGAGUGAGUCGCACAGGCAGGUUGUAGUCCAUCUUCAGCACGAGAUCGAGAGCUUUGGGUCUAGCUUUGUGGAUUGGAUCGGUGCCCACAAAUCCUAUGUUGAAGCUCUAAACAGCUGGCUCCAAAACUGCAUCUUACCAUCCCAAGAACGGUCAUGGGGGAGGAGGAUGGCCUUCUCCCCCCGCCGAGUUCUGGCCCCACCUAUAUUUGUUCUCUGCCGUGAUUGGUUGGCUGGUAUCAAAGCCCUACCAUAUGAAGAACUCUCCGAUGCCAUCAAGGGCAUUGUAUCCAAUUUACAUGGUUCGUUUGGGCAGCGGUUGGAGGAACAGCAAAAGAAAGAGGAGCCAAAUGACAUGGACAGCAACAGAGGGUCAGGGAGGAGAGAGGAUGAGGAGAAAUGCAACCGACUUUCGAACUUAAGCAGCUUACAAGCGAGCUUGACUCGGGCAUUUGAUCGCCUGACUAAGUUUGCUGAGGCAUCGCUAAAACUGUAUGAAGACAUCCGGCAGGCAAGCGAGACAGCCCGUGUUGCAUAUACAAACGGUAGAAUGAGGUUUUGAGGUUUUUCUGCAAUUAGAUGGGUGGUGUCCAAGAGGGAAAGACUGAGCUAAAAGAAGGGUGGCUGGUUGUAAGAUAUUUGUGGAUGGAAAGAACUUUCUGGAAGGAUUUGAAUAAAUUCUUGGGUUUCUAUGGUGCAGAAAAUUUUCCCAAAAUUUAAAUUGGGUACAAUCUGAUAUUUUCCAUUUGUUGUAAAUUUCUCUUUUGUUUGAUCAAAUACAAGGCCAUGUCAUUUUAA